UAAAAAAUUACUUGCUUUUCGCGAGUAGUACGAGUACACUGAGCAAAGUAGAGAGAGAGAGAGAGAGAGAAAAGAGGGAAAAGGGAAAAGAGCGACCAUGGUCCUAGGGUUACAGCACUUGUCGAGCGCCGCCGGCGAAGGAAACGGCCAACCACUCCUCGACCCCGCCGCCGACGAGGAGAUGAUGCACGUGCAGGCCGCCGUCGCCGUCGCCCUCGGCCGCCGCCCGCCGGAAUCCCCUGGAACCCUCUACAUCUCUACCAAGAGAGUGAUGUGGCUGAGCGAUACGGACAAAAGCAAGGGCUACGCAGUGGAUUUCCUGUCGAUUUCACUGCACGCCGUGUCGACCGAUCCCGAGGCGUACCCCUCGCCGUGCAUCUACACUCAGAUUGAGACAGAAGCCGAUGGGGAUUCAGACUCUGAGGAUUCAGAUCCAGAUGGUGCUGAGAAUGUAGAUCUAUCAAAGAUAACCGAGAUGAGGCUUGUGCCCUCUGAUCCCAGUCAAUUAGAUACUCUCUUUGACAUUUUCUGUGAAUGUGCUGAACUAAAUCCUGAACCUAAUGCAGAUGGAGAGGAAGAAAAUACGUGGUUUUUUGGCGAUGAAGGGAUGAAUGCCCAUGGCAUUGGAAAUGAUUCUGAGUGGCAUUUUUCAGAUAAUCUAGCCAACCCUAUUGGUCAGGCAAAUGGGGAUCAUGACCUUGCUCAAACAGUAUUAGAGCUACAUAUCAAUGACCAGCGGUUUGAGGAUGCAGAAGAGAAGGAGCAACAGGAACGAGGUGGUGAUCCUCAAUGAGGAAGGCCAAUGAGAUUUAAACAUAUUUUACCUUCGACAGAGUUGUGAAAGUAUAGCUUCUAGGACUUCGAGAUGAAGUUUAUUCUCUUAGUAUUUAACUGUUGAAGCUGGGGGCAAGACUCUGGGAAGCAACUUGGAUGUAUCAAUUUAUGUAUGGCUGUGCUUCACCAUCACCUAUUGUUAUGAGUUGUUUGGACAUCACAUUGAUUGUGGAGCCCAGCCUAUUCCUUUGAUGACUAAACUCAAUGACAUACUCUGGAUCUAAGCUUCUCGCCCUUCUUUUCUUGUAAGUCAGGAUUAUGUCUUGGAUGUUUUUGCAACUGCAAUUUGUGCCCGAAGAAACUUUCCUUUGUUGGAGCUACUUAUUUUAACACCAAAUACAUGUGAUCAGAUUUCAGGGUAA